UCCUUCACUUAGCUGUCACGGGGAACAACGGGAAAUGUCAAAAAGUCAUCGAUAUGUCAACUUUGCUGUUUUGAUAUUUUUUGAUUCAACAAUUUCUUUUAUAAAAUGAAUAAAUUAAAAUCCGCCCAAAGAGACAAAGUAAAGAAAUUCAUUUCACUCACACAAACGGGAGAGUCAACGGCAAUCUACUGCCUCACCAACAAUGAGUGGAAACUCGACUUGGCCAGUGACAACUACUUCCAGAACCCAGAUCUGUACUACCGGGAAUUGGAUCGGAGCAAGAUAGAGCAGCUGUAUCACAGGUACCGCGAUCCCGGGGACACGAGUAAAAUCAACUCGGACGGCGUCAUGAGAUUCCUGGAUGAUCUACGCUUGUCGCCCGACUCCAAAUUAGUGCUAAUCAUUGCGUGGAAGUUCCGUGCUGAGGCGCAAUGCGAAUUCAGCAGGGAGGAAUUCUGCAAUGGCUUCUACGAUCUAGGUGUAGAUAGUAUAGAAAAGUUGAAGGCCAAAUUGGCGGUGCUCGAGAAUGAUCUCAAGGAUCCCAUCAAGUUCAAGGACUUUUACCAAUUCACAUUCAACUACGCCAAGGAUCAGGCGCAAAAGGGGCUGGAUCUGGAGAUGGCUAUUGCAUACUGGAACAUUGUGCUGCAGGGAAAAUUCAAAUUUCUCGAUCUCUGGUGCACAUUCUUGACGGAGCAUCACAAGCGAUCAAUUCCACGAGACACGUGGAACCUACUGCUGGAUUUCGCAAUACAAAUUGACGAUAAUAUGACAAAUUACGAUUGCGAGGGUGCUUGGCCCGUGCUCAUUGAUUUGUUUGUCGAAUGGUGUCAAACGAAUUACUUCAACAACACAAAUAAUACAACAAAAUCUGUAAAUGAUUUUCAGCAAUCACACAACAACAUGUAUUGCGGUUGAUUUGAUUUGAUUGCUGAAAUGAGAAUCACAUCUAAAAUGGGAAGCAGGUAAAAAAAAAAGAGAUUGUUUUCGGUGGAAUUAUGAUUAAUCAGAAUGGAAGUAGUAAUAUACAUAGUUUUGUCAUUUUUUUUCCCUCAUUUAAUUCAAAAUAUUUAACUUGUGUAAAAGAAUUAUUGAGAAUGCAAAAUGUUUUUUCAAUAUAUAUUUUCAUCUCUCUGCGCUGAUAUAAAAAAACUUAGAGGGCAAUUUUUUAUAUUAAAAAAAAGAAAGAAAAUAGUAUAGGAUGCCCAAAUUGGAAAUUAUUACCUAAACAAAAUGAAAAAUAAUAAAAAUAAUAAUUAAUCCCCUGAACUUACUCAAUUGUUUUAUUACUCAAUUUUAAAUUCAAAUAUUGGAGAUGAAAAAGAAACUAACAUGUUAAAAAAAAUCAUUUAAUUCUUGGUAAAAAAAGAAGAAAUAUUAAUUGAAUUUUCCCCGCAUUCUUAUGCUGUUUGUAGAUUAUUUGGAAAAAAAAGAAAUUUAGUGUUGCAGUUCUCCUUAUAUAUCUUUCUCUCUCUAAAUUACUACCUUAAAAAAAUAUGAAGAUGAAAAAAAAAAUGAAGAUUUAUAUGAAGAUGAAAAUCAUAAUAACAUAGAACACGUUUACUUGUUUAGGAUAAUUUAUUGUAAUGUGUAUCUAUAGUUGUAUAAUAAAAAAAUGCUUAAUGUAGUCAUACUUUUACUAUUAAGGAAUAAUAAUUGAGACAAAAAAAAGAGUUACAGUUCAUCAGAAUAUAUCAUUGAAUAAAAAUAAAAAUUCAA